CAGUCAGGACUGGCUUCCCGCCUUGCUCUGCUCUCCUCCACCUGCGCAGCCUCUGCCUCCUCUGCUCCCUUCUCUGUCUCUCUCUCUCUCAGGGGAGAAGAUGCAGGGCCCCCCUGGACGCUGCUCCGGACCCCGGCAGGCUUCCCUCCUCCUCCUCCUCCUGCUGCUGCUGCUGCUGCUCUUCUCCUCCUCGUCGGAAGGCCAGCUUCGAGGUUUAUUUCCUGCUAUUCUUAAUCUUGCUAGCAAUGCUCACAUCAGUACCAAUGCUACCUGUGGUGAAAAGGGUCCUGAGAUGUUUUGUAAACUUGUGGAGCAUGUUCCAGGACGACCUCUACGCAAUGCACAGUGUCGAAUAUGUGACCACAAUAGUUCAAAUCCUAAAGAACAACACCCUAUCUCAAAUGCUAUAGAUGGUACUAAUAACUGGUGGCAAAGUCCCAGUAUUCAGAAUGGAAGAGAAUAUCAUUGGGUAACCAUCACUCUGGAUCUAAGACAGGUCUUUCAAGUUGCAUAUAUAAUCAUCAAAGCUGCUAAUGCUCCCCGACCUGGAAACUGGAUUUUGGAACGUUCUGUGGAUGGCACUGAAUUCAGGCCCUGGCAGUACUAUGCAAUUAGUGACACAGAGUGCUUAACCAGAUAUAAUGUAACACCAAGAAUUGGGCCUCCUACAUACAAGAGAGAUGAUGAAGUGAUCUGCACUUCCUAUUAUUCUAGGCUAGUGCCUCUUGAACAUGGAGAGAUCCAUACAUCAUUGAUCAAUGGAAGACCUAGUGCUGAUGACCCUUCAGAGAAAUUAUUGGCAUUUACUUCUGCACGAUACAUUCGUCUUCAGUUGCAACGUAUAAGGACUCUUAAUGCUGACCUUAUGACACUGAGCCAUCAUGAUCCUAAAGAUGUUGACCCUAUUGUUACAAGAAGGUAUUACUAUUCAAUAAAAGAUAUCUCAGUUGGAGGCAUGUGCAUUUGCUAUGGCCAUGCUCGAAGUUGUCCUUUGGAUAAUGAAACAAAGAAACUACAGUGCCAGUGUGAACACAAUACUUGUGGUGAGAGCUGUAAUGAGUGUUGUCCUGGCUAUCACCAGGCACCAUGGAGACCAGGAACCAUUUCUGCUGGCAACAAAUGUGAGAGAUGUAACUGUCACCACAAAGCAGAAGACUGUUAUUAUGAUCAGACUGUGGCAGAUCAAAAAAAAAGUAUAAACAUUUAUGGCCAGUUCAAAGGAGGUGGAGUGUGUAUAAACUGUACCCAGCACACUACUGGAAUAAACUGUGAGAUCUGUACUGAUGGAUACUACAGGCCACAUAAAGUAUCUCCCUAUGACAAUAAUCCUUGCCUUCCUUGUGAAUGUGAUUUAUUUGGAUCCUUUGGUUCUGACUGUGUUAAGGAUGAUGACCAUGCUGACCCACAGCAUGGUAUUCAGGCUGGGCAAUGUCACUGCAAGGAUGGUUAUACAGGAGAAAAAUGUGACCAUUGUGCCUUUGGCUAUAAAGGUUAUCCAAACUGUGUGCAUUGUAACUGUAGCCUGGUGGGUAGCAUUAAUGAUGACCCAUGCAUCAAACCUUGUCUUUGUAAAGAAAAUGUAGAAGGAGAGAACUGUGACCGCUGCAAACCAGGUUUCUAUAAUCUCCAAGAAAGGAAUCCUCAAGGUUGUACUGAAUGUUUCUGUUUUGGUGUUUCUGAUGUCUGUGAAAGUCUUCCGUGGCCCAUUAGCCAGGUAUCAUCUAUGGCUGGUUGGUUGGUGACUGCUCCAUAUACUUUGAAAACUGUAGAUCCUGAGGAAAGUCAAUUGGAUGGACCUCCUCAAAUAAUUAUUAACAAUAUUGCAGUUGCAAAAAUGCUGAAGUCCCCUUAUUACUGGUCUGCACCUAAACCAUAUCUUGGAAAUAAACUCACUUCGUUUGGUGGUUAUUUGAAGUAUACCGUGUCCUAUGACAUUCCAAUGGAUAGUACAGAUAGUGAUUUGGUGUCUAAUGUGGAUGUUAUUAUUCAGGGUAAUGGACAAAUGUUGGCUACUCGAGCUGAAGGACUGUCUUUACAACCAUAUGAAGAAUAUUCCAGUUCUGUGAAGCUUGUGUCUGAAAACUUUGUUGAUUUUAAUACUAAGAAGUCAAUAGAUCGAGACAUAUUGAUGAAAGUUUUAGCAAAUGUUACUCAUAUUCUGCUUCGGGCCAGUUACAACAUUGCCAAAAGGGCUGUAUACAGGUUGGAUUCUGUCAUUUUGGACACUGCAAAUGCUAAUCUUGUAGAUCCAUCUUCAGCUGCAGAUGUAGAAUAUUGUGAAUGUCCUCAAGGUUAUGCUGGGAUUUCUUGUGAGUCCUGUCUUCCUGGGUACUACCGAGUAGAUGGCAUACUCUUUGGAGGGAUUUGCCUGCAAUGUGAUUGCAAUGGUCAUGCAACAGAAUGUGAUAUUCAUGGUGUUUGUCUUAUUUGUGAACACAACACUACAGGUCAUUCUUGUGAUGAGUGCCUGCCUGGGUUCUAUGGAUCACCCACCAAGGGCACAGCAGAGGAUUGCCAGCCAUGUGCCUGUCCACUGAGAACUCCUACAAACAAUUUCAGUCCUACCUGUUACUUGGAAAGUAGUGGUGAAGUUAUCUGUGAUAAAUGUUCUCCUGGAUAUGCAGGAUCCAAGUGUGAAAGAUGUGCAAAUGGGUACUAUGGUGAUCCUUUGGUCCCAGGACAAUCAUGUAUACCUUGUGACUGCAAUGGUAAUGUAGAUAUGAUGGAAGAUGGCUAUUGCAACUCGAUCACAGGAGAGUGCCUAAAGUGUACUGGUAAUACUGUUGGACAUCACUGUGAAAGGUGUGCUGAUGGUUAUUAUGGGGAUGCUGUGAUCAACAAAGAUUGCCAUGCUUGCAAGUGUAAUAUGAACAGCUCUGUUUCCAGCAUCUGCCAUCAUGAGACUGGUCUAUGCCAAUGCAAAAUGAACGUGGUGGGACAAAGAUGUGAUAAGUGUUUGUUUGGAUAUUAUGGCUUAAGUACAGGACUUGGCUGUCUUCCCUGCAAUUGCAGUAAAGCUGGCUCAGUUGCUGAGGAUUGUAAUGAUGAAGGACAGUGUCGCUGUGUGCCAGGAGUGGCUGGGGAGAAGUGUGAUCGUUGCGCUCAUGGUUUUUAUGCAUUCCAGGAUGGUGGUUGCACACCUUGUAAUUGCACUCAUACACUCGAUGCUUGUGAUGAAGAUUCUGGGGAAUGCAUUUGUCCUCCUCAUACUGAAGGGGAAAAGUGUGAACUCUGUGAAGAAAACUUCUGGGGUCUUGAUCCAGAGAAAGGAUGCAAGGCUUGCAAUUGCAGUGAUUUAGGGUCAGUCAGUCUCCAGUGUGACCAGUUGACAGCUCGGUGCCAGUGUAAGCAUGGGUAUGGAGGAGACAACUGUGAUGAAUGUGCCUUGGGAUAUAGAGACUAUCCGGAUUGUGUUCCUUGUGACUGCGAUUUACGUGGGAGCAAAGCAAACACAUGUGACCAGAGUCAAGGAAUCUGUAACUGUGAGGAAGAAACUGGUGUGUGUGUGUGCAAGGAAAAUGUGUUUGGCUUGCACUGCAGUGAAUGCAAAACUGGGACCUUUGCACUUCAUGCCAUUAAUCCUUUGGGAUGCAUUCCAUGUUUCUGUUCUGGGAGGUCAGAGGUUUGCACGGAAGUAGAAGACUAUGUGAGAGUUUCACUAACCCUGACUCCACAGCAGAGUGUUAUGUAUGUGGUUUCUCAGAGUAACCUCACUGGAACUAGCGAAGGUGUAUUUUCCCAGUAUCCCGAUAUCUUAAUGGAUGCUACAAUAGUCCGACAACACUUGAAUGCAGAGCCAUUUUACUGGAAACUGCCCCAUCAGUUCCAGGGAGAUCAGCUCAUGACCUAUGGUGGAAAAUUGAAGUAUUCAGUAGCUUUUUAUGCUCUGGAUGGCAUGGGAACCUCAAACCUUGAACCACAAAUCCUGAUGAAGGGGGGUCACACCAGUAAAUAUGUCAUCUAUGUGGACAUCCCUGCUCCAGAAAAUGGAGUAAGACAUGAUGAAGAAAUAGUAAUGAUGGAGAGUGCCUGGAAAUAUUUCAAUUCAGUUUCUGAUGAAUCUGUCUCACAUUCUGACUUCAUGUCAGUAUUGAGCAAUGUUGAAUACAUUCUCAUAAAGGCAUCAUAUGGUCAAGGAUUACAACAAAGCAGAAUUGCAAAUGUCUCCAUGGACAUUGCUGUGAAAGCUGAUGAUGCACCCUUCACUAGAGACACAGCUUUUCAUAUUGAGAAAUGCCUGUGCCCUGUAGGUUAUGCAGGACUCUCAUGUCAGGACUGUGCACCAGGAUACUACAGGGAGAAACAUACAGGUGUGCACUUGAAAUACUCCUCUUGUAUGCCAUGCGAGUGCAACAACCACAGUGAUACCUGUGACCCAAAAACUGGAAAGUGUUUGGACUGCAAAGAUAAUACAGUAGGUGACCACUGUAGUCUUUGUGCCCCAGGCUUUUACGGUAAAGUAAUUGGAUCUGUCAAUGAUUGUUCUCUGUGUGCGUGUCCAAGAACAAGCCCUGGGAGCUUUAGUUCCACGUGCAUUUUGAAAGGUGUUAAUGACUUCCACUGUGAUGCUUGUAUCAUUGGAUAUGAAGGGCAGUACUGUGAAAGGUGUUCUCCAACUUACUAUGGAGAUCCUAAGUCACCUGGUGGCAGCUGUCAGCAGUGUCAUUGUAACCCAGAUGGCUCUGUCCACAAUAACUGUGACCAUAUUUCUGGGCAAUGUGUCUGUAAGCAAGGUGUAGCAGGUUGGCUAUGUGAUGAGUGUGAACCAAGGCACAUUCUUAUGGACAAUGACUGUAUUUCUUGCGAUGAUGAUUGCACAGGAUUGUUGUUAAAUGAUCUGGAUAAUCUUGAAGAAGCCAUAUUUUUGGUAAAUCUCACUGGUGCUGUCCUGGCACCCUAUGGAGUACUGUCAGACUUAGAAAAUACAACAAAACAAUACAAGGGGUCCUUUUGGGUUAAAGAAGAACCAAGCUACUCCCUAGAAAUUAUGCAUGACCGUCUUGUAUCCUUGUCAGGUGAUGUAGACCAGCUGCACAAAGAAUCAACAAUAAUAUUGGGAAGAGGAAAACAUCUCAGCAGUGAUACAGAAAAGACUUUAAAGAAGAGUCAAGAGCUGGCUAUGUUUAUCAGCACGUUACAGGAAAGUGUUAAAGUACUAAUAGAAGUGGCAACAUCUGUCAACGAAACACUAGGUACUGAUUUCCCAUUGUCCAACAGAACAUUACAAGAAUUACAAGAUGAGAUUCCCACCAUGUUGGAUGUAAUGCGUGGAAGGCAUUUUAAACAUCUGCACCAAAAUAGUACUCUUGAACUGAAAGCUGCAGAAAGAUUAUUAGCUCGAAUCCAAAAAGAAUAUUGGAGACCACAACAAGAGCUUAAGGUCCUGCAAAAAAACGUGAAACGUACCUUAUCAGACCACAGUACCAGCCUUCAAGAAGCCAAGAAUGUUGUAAAUGAAGCAAGCACUAACAUCAAUGAGACUAACCGCCUUCUUUUUGUUAUUAAUAGUAACCUCAAGGAAUGCAAUAAUAAAAAGAGCAGUAUUCAAGAAGAUCAGAAACUGUCUGUAGUGCUGACCAGAGAGGGCAAAGUACAGGUGGAUGCUGCUGCCACCAUUGCUAAACGUGUAAUUAACUCUACAUCUAGUCUAGAAAUCCACCGGGAUGGACUGAUGCUAUGGAAUGACAAACUGAGACAACAUGUGGAUAACCUGGUAAAGCAGAUAUCCACUCGAGGAGCUCUUGAUCUUGUUUACAGAACAGAAGACCAUGCUGCUAGCUUACAGAGGAUUGUUCGUGCAUUGGACAAUGGUCUCUUGGAUGUUAGAAAUGUGUCUCUGAAUGCAACAAAUGCAGUCCAUGCUUACUCCACCAUUAAAAGUCUAAUUGAAAAUGCUGAGAGCCUGGCAGGUGAUGCUUAUAGGACUGUAACUGAAUCAGUACCUGUGUCAAAAGAAUCCUUUAAUUCUACUGAGAAAAAUGUUCUUCAGCCUAGCUCCAAGUUAUUAACUGAAGCCAAAAGCUUGCACAAGAAGUAUGAAGGGCUUGUGUCUGGUUUAUAUGACAUGAACAUAAGGGUGGGAAAGUUUAAAGAGCAAGCUAAUAGAAUUGCUAAACAAUUCAAUGAUUCAAUGCUGCAGCUGAAUGCAUUGCCAAAUGAUACCAGUGAAAAUAUUCUUGCUGUAAAAUUUCUGGCUGUGUCUGCUAAUGUAACAGCUGUUAAUGGUUUAAGCCAUACUGGAUAUUUUAGUGAAAAGUUACUGAACACUUCAUCUGCAUUGUCUGAAGUUAAUGAGACGUUGCAAAAAACCAAUGAACUUAUAAUCGACUCAUCAAAAGCUGCAGCGUCAGCUGAAAAAAAAGUGAAUGAAGUUGAAAUCCAGGCUGGUCUCUUAUUUGGUAGACUGAAACCUCUGAAAGUGCUGGAAGAGAACCUGAGCAGAAACAUCUCUGAAAUAAAAGAGCUCAUCAGCCAGGCCCGCAAACAGGCAGCCUCUAUUAAAGUUGCAGUGUCUGCCGAAAGAGAUUGUAUUCGUGCUUAUCAACCCCAGAUAUUAUCUACUAAUUACAAUACAUUAACACUGAAUGUUAAAACAACUGAACCUGAUAACCUUCUAUUCUACUUGGGUAGCAGUGGCAAAAUUGAUUUCAUGGCAGUGGAGAUGCGACGUGGUAAAGUGGCUUUCUUGUGGGACAUGGGUUCUGGAUCUACAAGACUGGAAUAUCCUGACUUUCCUAUAAAUAACAAUAAAUGGUACAAAAUACAUGCUACAAGGUUUGGAAAGACUGGCACCUUAACUGUAGAGGAAACAAACUCUCUCCAGAAGCCUUUUAUGAGAGCAGCCACCUCUCCAGGAACAGCUACUGUACUGGAUAUAGACCAUUCAUCCCUAAUGUUUAUUGGUGGUCUUGGGGGGCAAAUCAAGAAGUCACCAGCAGUUAAAGUGACACAUUUUAAGGGAUGCAUGGGGGAAGCAGUCUUGAAUGGCAAAUCUGUUGGACUCUGGAACUACUUGGAAAGAGAGGGCAAAUGCCGUGGAUGCUUUGGAAGUCCACAGGAUGAAGACAUUUCAUUCCAUUUUGAUGGCAGUGGAUAUUCAGUGGUGGAGAAGGCAUUGCGUUCCACUGUGACCCAAAUAAUUGUAUUUUUCAGCACUUUUUCACCCAAUGGGCUCUUAGUAUACCUGGCUUCUAAUGGCACAAAAGAUUUCUUGUCUCUAGAGCUUGUUGAUGGAAAAGUUAAACUAAUGGUUGAUCUUGGUUCAGGUUCUCUUACUCUUCAAACAGAAAGUCGCUACAAUAAUGGAACAUGGUAUAAAAUUUCCUUCAGUCGAAACAAAAAAGAAGGGAUUUUGGCAGUCAUGGAUGCUUAUAACCUCAGUUCUAAAGAAACCAAACAAGGAGAAUCUCCUGGUGUAGCCUCUGAUCUGAAUCGUUCUGAUAGGGAUCCUAUUUACAUUGGGGGCCUACCACGCUCAAGGACAGUAAGAAAAGGACUUAGUACCAGAACAUAUGUGGGCUGUAUUAAGAACUUGGAAAUAUCCCGUUCUACUUUUGAUUUGCUUAAAAACUCAUAUGGUGUAAGGAAAGGCUGCAUCCUGGAGCCCAUAUACAGCACUAGUGUCUUAAAUAGAGGUUACAUUGAGUUGCCACCUAAGCCCCUCUCACCGGAGUCACAACUUAUGGCCACCUUUGCUACUAAAAACACAAGUGGCAUCAUCCUUAUGGGGCUUAGCAAAGGAGCAGAAAAGCGAAGGCGCAGGCAAGCCCAUCUGCCCUUUUUCUCCAUUAUACUGGUCAAUGGUCAUUUGGCAGUGCACGUUAAUGCUGGCGACAGAGCAAGUACAAGAAAGGUCUUGGUUGCACCUGAUAAUGGAACUUACAGUGAUGGGCAAGAACAUUCUGUCAUUCUGACUCGUAAUAAGAGGAUGAUAACAGUCCAAGUGGAUGAGAGUAGCCCUGCAGAAAUCAGACUCGGCCCUUUGGCGGAAACUAGACCAAUGAAUAUAUCUCACCUUUUCAUUGGUGGCAUUCCUGCUGGAGAAGGCAUUUCAGGGCUAAAGAUGAACGACUCUUUCUAUGGCUGUAUAAGUAAUCUGAUAUUUAACAUGGAGUUUCUGGAUUUCACAACUGCAAUGAGGUAUGAAGGUGUUGAUAUGGGCAGCUGUUUCCUUUGGGAAAAGCCUAAACCUGCCAUCCAUGUAGAAGACACAGAGAUUCUUUCUGAAAUGCAGAUGCUACCUGUUUCUCUACAGCCUCUUGCUGAAAUUAAGGAAAAACCAUGCGCAGAGGGUGAAACACUAAAUUAUGUCUCCUGGGCUUAUCAGUUUGGGCUUUCCAGAAAUAGUCACUUGGUGCUACUUUUCAAUCACUCUACAGUAAGAAAAAAGCUUUCAGUGCAGUUGAACCUCAGGACCUUUGCUUCCAAUGGCCUCGUAUACUACAUGGCUCACCAAAAGCAGAUUGAUUAUGCAGCCCUUCAGUUACGAGGAGGGAAGCUUUAUUUUUCAUUUGAUCUUGGAAAAGGACGGGCAGUAGCUUUUCAUGGAGCAAUCGUCAGUGAUGGAAAAUGGCAUACGGUGAAGACAGAGUAUACAAAAAAGAAAGGUAUAAUCAAAGUUGAUGGGCAGGAACCUGUGUCUGUAAAUGUUCCAGGAGAUGGAAACACACUGGAUGUUGAUGGGAAGCUGUACUUGGGGGGUCUACCCUUUGAUUACUCAGCCAAGAAUAUUGGAAAUGUUACUCACAGUAUCCCUGCAUGCAUUGGUGGAAUAACCAUUAAUAACAAAGAAGUGAACAAAGACAACCCAGUUUCCAUUUUUUCUGUGAACAAAUGCUACGUUGCAGCCCAGGAAGGAACCUUUUUUGAUGGAAGUGGUUUUCUUGCUCUUGUUAAGGAAGGUUAUAAAGUACGGUCUGAUGUUAAUAUCACAUUUGAGUUUCGCACGACUAUUGCAAAUGGAGUUCUUCUUGGAAUCAGUAGUGCUAAAGUAGAUGCUGUUGGACUGGAGCUUGUAAAUGGGAAGAUUUUAUUCAGCGUUAACAAUGGAGCUGGCAGAAUAACAGCUACAUAUGCACCAAAAGGCACAACCAGUCUGUGCGAUGGACAGUGGCACAAACUUCAAGCAAACAAAAGCAAACAUCAUAUUGCUCUAACAGUUGAUGGGAACUUGGUUCACACUGAUAAUCCACAUAUGCACUCAACCUCUGCAGAUACAAACAACCCCAUUUAUGUUGGAGGCUAUCCUGCUGAUGUAAAACAAAAUUGCUUGACCAGUAAGAGCUCAUUCCGAGGGUGUUUGAGAAACCUCAUGCUGAUUAAGGGCCAACAGGCGGAAUCUUUUGACUUCAGCGAAGCCUUUGACCUGCGUGGAGUCUUUCCACAUUCCUGCCCUGGGGCUGAGCGCUAAAUGGCAGGGGAAAUUGUCCAUUUUAAGAGGUUUUGUCUACUGUUAAUGAAGAACAAAUGUUUUUAACUGUAAUUGUAUAGUGAUCUCCCUAUAUUUUCCAGCUCAGGAUAAUGUUUUUAGCCAAAACGUUUAGAAUACAGUUUUUAAAGUCUCUUUGUGCAACAGAUACCUCUACCAAAAUGUUAAUAUUAACUCAGUACUGUUGUUGUUUUUUUAAAAAAAUGCUGGUGAAAGUUUUAAAAAUCAGUAUUUGCAGUGUAUCUUCUGAUUACUUGACAGUAUUUCCUUUGGCUGGAGUGGCUCUUUUUAUAAUAAAGAAGUAAAAUUGGGCCCCACACAAUAAAAGCAUCCUUCCAUAUUGUGUGUGUACUGUAUACUGAAAAGGUUCAGUUCACGAUACAAGGGUAAGGGAUUCAAUAGGGAGUUAAUUUUGAACAAAUUGUGAUUAGUUUUUCAAUAAAACAUAGCAGGUAAUUGUUGAAAUCAUACUGAAAAAUCUGCUGGUCUCUUGUUCCUAGAACACCAGAGUGGUUCACCUUGAAAAUGGACAUGUAAAUUGUUGCAUUCCACUUAAAAAGUUGUCAGGUUGCAGAACAGGUUCUGAUCUCUACUGAGACCAGAACAUAAUCCUUUCUGAACAUGGGCAAGGCAGUGAUGGUUCCUGUUUAUACUGUAAAGUACAAGAUGCCUAAGAAACCUUAA